AUGGGCCAAGCCGCCAAUAACACCAACCCCGACAACAACAACAACAAUCCUGACAACAAUAAUACAAUCACCAGUAGUCAAACGGACAUGUAUUCUGUGCUCGGCCCUGAUCGCAUCGAUAUGUUCUACGAUGAUGGCGUUAUUUAUGGCUACGAUCCCAAAUACAUCAGGAAACCAUCCUCUGAAAAUACGCGAGACCAGCUUUCAGGAGAGAAGGAAAAGGUGGUAGUGGUGAUGGACGACGACGACGAGGAGGAGAAGGAGGAGGAGGAGGAGGAGCAGGAAGAGCGACUUCUAGAAGAGGAACGACUUCAAGCAGAGGGGGCCGACGAGGAAGAGGAGGUGUAUCAUGGUGGACCGAAGCCAUUUGAUGAGGCCAACUACCCUCUUCAUUUUUUCUACGAGCAUUACUUCGCACAGUUUCCAAUGGAUAAUACGCCGCAAGACACCGAUAGCGAUUAUAGCGCCAGUAGAGCGGAUGAGAAUGACUCUGACAACGAUGAGGAUAAACCCGCAGGGGCAACUCAUACCCAUACCCAUACUAUGACACACAAAAGAAAGGCGCAGGGAUGGGUCCAACCACCAGUGAAGAAGUCACGGCUAGACCAGCGUACAAGGGUGAGGCCAAGUCGACUUGAAGAUGUCGGGGACGUCGAGGAUGUUGAGAGUGCUGAGGGCGGUGAAGGACUGCAGCAACAUCAUGAUCAGGAUCAGUCUGCCGCAGCGACGGUAUCGAUGCAGAGGUCGGGAGAAUCUUUUGAGAAGUACCAACAGCGUAUGAGAUGGGACCGAGAGCUUGAGGCCAUGAAGGCGAGUUCCCUGAACAAUGCCAAAGAAUCCAAUCCCAAUAAGGUCAAGCUCAACAAGAAGGAGUUAGAUGCCGUUCAUUUGAGACACAGGGAAAACUAG